CAAGACGCUGAUCUGUGAUUGGCUCCUGAGAGGGGCGUGCGGCUGUGACGUAGGAGAGUUAGCGGCAGAGGAGAGGAAAGAUGGCAGCGGUGACCAGAGGCUCCUUCAGUGUGUUCAGGCGGCUGCUCAGUCAGCAGUAUCGUCGUAGAUGUUUCCGGCUUCAGACCCUAAGAUGUGACAGAACAGUUCAGCCGCUCGUCUUUAGGUGUGAUAGAAACCUGCUGAUGUUUAGGACGCUGCACACGGCUACAGUGAGCAGAGGACCGAUCGUCCAGUUCAAACUGUCCGACAUCGGAGAGGGAAUCAUGGAGGUGACGGUCAAGGAGUGGUAUGUGAAGGAGGGAGAUAAAGUCUCUCAGUUCGACAGCAUCUGUGAGGUCCAGAGCGACAAAGCCUCCGUCACCAUCACCAGCCGCUACGACGGCGUCAUCAAAAAACUCUACUACGAUGUGGAUGCCACCGCCCUGGUGGGCAAACCGCUGGUAGACAUCGAGACGGAGUCCAGCUCGGAGGUGAUCCAGGAGGAGGACGUGGUGGAGACGCCCGCCAUGGCCCGAGAAGAACACACCCACCAGGAGAUCAAAGGACACAAGACACAGGCCACGCCCGCUGUCAGACGCCUCGCCAUGGAGAACAAUAUAAAACUCAGUGAGGUGGUGGGAACAGGAAAAGACGGCCGGAUCCUGAAGGAGGACAUCCUGAACUUCCUGGCGAGGCAGACCGGAGCCAUCUUACCUCCAACCCCGUUCCAGGAGAUCCAUACUCCGCCUCCGGCACCACCUCCACCUGCUGCUGCUGCCAUGCCUGUGAGCACUCCGGCUGCUGUCAAAGCUCCGCCCCCAACACCUAAGCCUGUGUUCACUGGCAAGGACGUGACUGAGCCGUUGAAAGGUUUCCACAAAGCCAUGGUGAAGACGAUGACGGCGGCGCUGAAGAUUCCUCACUUUGGAUACUGUGAUGAGGUGGACCUGACCCGCCUGGUUGCUCUGAGAGCCGAGCUCAAGUCUACGGCUGAGUCUCGGGGUGUCAAACUAAGCUACAUGCCCUUCUUCAUCAAGGCUGCCUCCCUCGGCCUCCUGCACUUUCCAAUCCUGAACGCCUCGGUAGACGAAGGCUGCCAGAACAUCACGUACAAGGCAUCCCAUAACAUCGGCCUGGCCAUGGACACGAGUCAGGGUCUGCUGGUUCCUAACGUGAAGAACGUUCAGCUGCUCAGCGUCUUCGACAUCGCCAUCGAGUUAAAUCGUCUGCAGGCGCUCGGAGCUGCAGGUCAGCUGGGAACCAAUGAGCUGACAGGGGGAACCUUCACCCUGUCCAACAUCGGAUCAAUCGGAGGGACAUAUGCUAAACCUGUCAUUCUUCCUCCUGAAGUCGCCAUAGGAGCUCUUGGAAAAAUCCAGAUCCUCCCUCGGUUUGACACCAGUGGUCAGGUGGUCAAGGCUCACAUCAUGAACGUCAGCUGGUCGGCUGAUCAUCGGAUCAUCGAUGGUGCCACCAUGUGUCGCUUCUCCAACCUGUGGAGGGAUUACCUGGAAAACCCAGCCACCAUGGUCCUUGACCUUAAAUAAACAGAGAGCAAUAUUUCCCAUCAGCCCCGGGGAGACUGGGCCACGGAGCCGCCUCACCCACAGACCCUCACUCCUCCCCCCGAAGCCUUUGCUUCCUCUUUCUGUUUGGGGCCUUCAUCACUUACUAACUCUGUCACUUCCUGUUGCCUUUGAGCAAGGCGCCGGGAGGGGGAGGGGUCAGCCUGUUAAUCAUGAUGUUUCCAUGACAACUAAUAUAGCACACUCACAGAGUGGAGGUUAGAGGUAGGUCAGUCAGUUACCCAGCAGCAGGUCUGAGCUCUUCUGAACUUUAUUUUUAGUUUUUUACGUUUCAGUAAAAGAAAAAUAAAUCA